UUUUGAACAUUGGCCAUAUCCAGCGCAAAUGCCUGAUGAGUUGUCAGUGAGAAACGCUGGUACCUUCUUUUUUUUUGUGAGCUGACGGGUUGGUUAGGCAGUGAUAAUCACAAAAGCUCCGAAUAAGGCAAGACCCCCUCCUUUGACGGAUCUGAUCCACUCCUCCUUCAUUCCUUCACUUGAAUCAUUCCUUCAAACACAUGUCUGCAUUCAGGAACGCGCUCAUUCGAAACGUGCUCUCGUCGACUCCAAGGCGAGUGCUUCCCCGCCAACAACUCCCUGUGAUCACUCGGUCCUUCUCGCUCCUCACACACACGCCUAGGAAGGUCACCGCAGCCACCGCAGUUGGCGCUCAGGACCAGAGACAGGGCUUCGCAACGUCGCUGCCGUAUGCAGACUUCUCGAAAUCGGACGAUAUGCUUGAUAAGGCACAGGAGUACAUGGACGAGGGUGUCUCGUUUUUGAACAACGAUAUGCUCCCUCUCGCCAUGAGUUCCUUCCAGAAGAGUAUCAACGUCCGACCCACAGCGGCUGCGUAUUAUAACAUGGGCGUGGGAUACUUUCAACUGGGCGACUUUCAAUCCUCAAUCAACUCAUUCCAGGAGUCAUUGAAGUUGUCGCCGCACCACGCAGAUGUCCAUACCAACAUCGCGACGGCGCAUAUCAAAUUGAACGGGAACCUGAAGGAGGCCCUGAGCCAUCUCCAGGCCGCUGCCAAUAUUUCCUCGCAGGAUGCAGAGAUCCAGUUUAACUUGGGAGUGAUCAGCGAGCAGACUGGAGACUUUGAUGGUGCAAUCAAUGCCUACCAGUCAGCAGUCGAUCUCGGCAUCGAGACUGCGUCCAUGAACCUGCGGAACGUCAAGACCAAGAAGUUUGCAAAAUUGGCCAAGGAAGCAGAGUUCCGCGACACCAAAGAGUGAAUAAUAAGAAUCCUUUACAAACAAACAAACA